GCUUGUGUUCGGGGUGUCACAUGUGUUUUAUUCCCCAUAUCCUACAAACCCAUCUACAUAUCCCUACUCCGUACCUAGCUUACUGGCCUGCUUGCCCUUCUCCCUCUCCAUCCAUCCCUACCCCGCACCUACACACACCCACCCAACCACUACCACCGCCACCAUCACCAGCACGCCAUGCACCUCGCCCACCGGACCUACCUCAUCUCGGGCGCGUCCAGCGGCCUCGGCGCCGCAACGGCGCGCACGCUGCACGCAGGCGGCGCCUCAGUCGCGCUGCUAGACCUGAAUGCCGACGGGGGCGAAGCGCUUGCGCGGGAGCUCAACAACGGCGCGCGCGGACGCGCCCGCUUCUUCGAGACGGACGUCACGGACUCGGAGAGUAUUGCUGCGGCGGUGGAGGCUGUGGCGGCGUGGGCGAGGGAGAGCGACGCCCCGAUUGGGGGCGUGCUGGCGGGCGCGGGCGUGGGGAAUCCCGGGCUGAUCGUCAACGCGAAAAACGAGCCCAUCCCCAUGAGCGCCGUGGACUUCGUCCUCGCCAUCAACCUCCGCGGAACCAUCGACCUAAUCCGCCAAGUCGUGCCGCACAUAACGCAAUCCCCAGGCAGCGGGCCGGACAACGAGCGCGGCAUAAUCAUAAUGGUCUCCUCGAGCGCGGCCUUCGACGGGCAAAUGGGGCAGCUGGCGUACGCGGCGUCCAAGGGUGCCGUGCGCUCCAUGACGCUGCCCAUGGCGCGCGACCUGUCGCGCUUCGGCAUCCGCGUCGUGACGAUCGCGCCCAGCCUCUUCGAGAGCAACAUGACGGCGCUGCUGAGUGACAAGGUCCGCAAAAGCCUCGAGCGCGUUAUGGAGUUCCCGAAGAGGGCGGGCAGGCCCGAUGAGUUUGCGCGGUUGGUGAGGCAUGUUAUUGAGAAUGGCAUGUUGAAUGGGGAGGUGAUUAGGUUGGAUGGCGCUAUGCGCAUGCCGAGUAAGCUGUGAGACGGCGGGUGCUGCGCUUGCUCGCCAUUGUGGCCUGGUUGAUACUAUGGUGUUGCUGGUCCGUUACGCUAUGUGCUUUAUUGGAAGAUCCGGUGAUGAUGAUGCGCGGUGAUGCGACGAGGAUGGUCGUUGGAUUCUGGCGCUAGCUUGACUCGCGUCGAUCAUGGAGCUUCAAGUUGCCGACUCGGGUGGCUCGGACAGCUCCCAAUGCUUGAAAUGGAAAUAUCUAUCACAGCUGCAGGUAGAACAUCCUUACAAUAAGUACCCUGAUACCGCGAAUUCAAACACUGC